AGAAGAAAUAUUGAUAGAAAGAGAAAGAAGUUUUAGUUUUACUAACCUCUUUUAAGGCAGUUGAAUCACUAUAACCGUCGUACCAGUAAUCUGUUAUGCCUGCAACAACCAUGGCCGCAGUUGAAUAUCCGAUUCACGUUUCCGAUCUAUCUCCGUUGAAUACCGGCGAGGAGUUACAUGUACUCGCCGUCGAUGACAGUUACGUUGAUCGGAAAGUCAUCGAGCGUUUGCUCAAGGUCUCUUCCUGCAGAGUUACGGCAGUUGAUAGCGGAAGAAGAGCAUUGCAAUAUCUAGGUUUAGAAGGAGGAAAUAACUCAGGUGGAUUUGAAGGAUUGAAAGUUAACUUGAUAAUGACUGAUUAUUCAAUGCCUGGAAUGACUGGAUAUGAAUUACUUAAGCGAAUCAAGGAAUCGAAAGUAUUGAGAGAAAUACCUGUUGUGAUCAUGUCAUCUGAGAACAUCUUAACUCGAAUCGAUCGAUGUUUAGAAGAAGGAGCGAAGGAUUUUCUUCUCAAACCUGUGAAAUUAGCUGAUGUUAAGCGAUUGAAGGAUACAAUCAUUCAAGGACAAGACGAAGAAGAAGAUGACAAUGGCGAUGGCGAUGGCGAUGGAGAAAAGGAAACAUGUAAUAAACGUAAACAACAAGAACAACAAGACGAAGUUAUCAUACCAUCGCCAUCAUCGUCGCCGGAUCUGCAAACUUCUCCAUUGGCGCCAUUGGCGCCAUUGUUGAUUCAACCUCUUUUGAAAAGAAGUAAAUUAGUCUGAUUCAAAUUCAAUUUAUCCCUAGUUUUUUUUUGGUUAGUGAGAAAAGAGGUUUUUAUUUUUAUUUU